AUGGGCCCAAGCCCCACCAAUUACCCUCAAGGGCCCAGCCCCCACCAACUGCACCCCACAACUGUACCACAAGCCCAGCCCCCUUCAAAGCACACAUAUGUGCCCUGCCCCCACCCAAGUGCAUGCAUGGGCCCAGGACACCCCCUUCAUGGGCUCAGAACACCCCCAGCUGCACCAACGGGCCCAGCUACCCCCAACCCCAGCCAGACCCUAACUCCGACAUCAGUGUCAUUUACUCUCAUAGUUUUAAAUACCUCCUACAUACCGAAGACCCCCAAAUUUAUAUCUCUAGUCUUAAUCCAGUCCCCCAUCAAAGUGUACCCACUGGCCCAACCCCCACCCAACUACACCCACAGGCCCAGUGCCCCCCAAUGCACCCAUGGGGCCAGUCCCUACCAAAGUACCCCAAUGGGCCCAGCCCCUCCUGAAGUACCCCAAGGGACCAGUCCCAACCCAAAGUACACCCACAGACCAAGCCUCCCUCAAAGUACACCCAAGGACACAACCUCCCCAAAGUACACCCAAGGGCUCAGCCCCUACACAACUGCAACCAUGAGCCAAGCCCCCACAGAAGUGCAGCCAGGAGCUCAGACCCUGCCAAUUGCACCCACAGGCCCAGCACCCCAAAAAGUGCACCUAUGGGUCCAGCACCCGCCCAACUGCACCGACAAGCCCAGCUCCCACCAGCUUGUUCCUACGGACCCAUUCCUCCGAAAGUGGACCCAUGGUCCAAGGCCUCCGAAGUGCGCCCACGAACCCAGCCCCACCCCAUCUGCACCCACAAGGCCAGCCCCCACCAUAAUGUUUAUAUGA